AUGCCAGUCUACGGAAACAAAGCUGACAGUACCACAGUGCUGCACCUGGAUCAGUAUGAGGAAGCUGUGGGCUUUCUGCUGAAACUCCCCAAGUGGCAGCUAGAGGGCUACCAUUUGUGGUACCGAGUGAGGACGUGUAAGCAUCAAGAAGACGCACCGCAAAGCGACCUACACGCAGCGGCGGGGCUCAUACCCCGCCUGCGCAAACUCCCUUUCCAUGGUCCAGCGGCGGCCGCAUACGCACUGGGAAUAAGCGCCGUCAAGCCACCCUAG